CAGCUAACAUUACACUACACACACACGGAGGGCUGAGGUUACACGUGCUGGGAACGUGCAUUUGCAGAUGUGAACUCUGUGCUUUGGAGGCUUUGCAAAAGAGUCGAUCAAACAUCGCUCUCUGCUCACGGAAACGCCGGGAAGCGUCCUGAUAAUGGCAAUCCUGAAUCAUUUGACGACAACAUGCUGGAAGAGCUUUCAAGGCGACCGGCUAAAUAAGCAGCUGCUUUACGCUUUACGCGCCCUACACAAGUCAGCAGCCAGCGAGGCUUUGGGGAUCUCCGCCACCGGAGAGGAGGCCAUGCCUGACACACUGAUGGCACCGGCAGAUGUGGGCGAGAAAACCAAAGUCAAGAGCCUGAAGGAAAUGCCGGGACCCAGCACCCUGUCCAACCUGAUCGAGUUCUUCUGGAGAGACGGCUUUAGCAGAAUCCAUGAAAUUCAGAUGGAGCACAGGAAGAAGUACGGGAAAAUUUUCAAGUCUCGUUUUGGGCCCCAGCUGGUGGUCUCAGUUGCGGAUCGUGACCUGGUGGCUCAGGUGCUGAGGGCCGAGAGUGCGGCUCCUCAGAGAGCCAACAUGGAGUCCUGGAAGGAGUACAGAGACCUGAGAGGGCGCUCCACCGGCCUCAUCUCAGCUGAGGGAGAGGACUGGCUGAAGAUGCGCAGCGUGCUCAGACAACUCAUCAUGCGCCCUCGAGACGUAGCAUUCUUCUCUGACGAUGUGAACAAAGUUGUGGACGACUUGAUAAAGAGAGUUGCUUGUCUGCGCAUCCAGCAGCCUGAUGGAGUGACUGUACUUAACGUGAAUGACCUCUUCUUCAAAUAUGCAAUGGAAGCUGUGGCUGCUAUCCUGUAUGAGUGUCGAUUAGGAUGUUUGGAAAGCGAAAUUCCCCAGGACACCCAAGACUACAUCACCGCACUGAACCUCAUGUUCAGCUCCUUCAAGACGACCAUGUAUGCCGGGGCGAUCCCCAAGUGGCUCCGACCGAUUCUCCCCAAACCAUGGGAGGAGUUCUGUCAUUCCUGGGAUGGACUCUUCAGAUUCAGCCUUACACACGUUGAUAAGAGGUUUGCAGACAUCAAGGCCCAGCUGCAGCGGGGAGAGGAGGUGAAGGGAGGCCUGCUCACACACAUGCUCAUUACCAAGGAGAUGAACCUGGAGGAGAUUUACGCCAACGUAACCGAGAUGCUGCUGGCCGGUGUCGACACGACAUCCUUCACUCUGUCUUGGGCCAGCUACUUGUUAGCACGACACCCUCAUGUACAGCAACAAAUCUAUACAGAAGUUACAAGAACUCUGGGACCGGGAACAGUCGCCACAGCUGACGAUGUCCCUCGUCUGCCUCUCAUCAGAGGUCUGGUCAAAGAGACUCUCAGGCUUUUUCCAGUUCUCCCGGGCAACGGGCGGAUUACCCAGGAUGACUUGGUGGUGGGCGAAUACUUCAUCCCCAAAGGGACUCAGCUGGCCCUGUGUCACUACGCUACGUCUUUGGAGGAGGAGAGCUUUGCUGAUUCUUUAGACUUCCGGCCGAGUCGCUGGAUACGGAAAGAUUCCACAGAUCGUGUCGACAACUUUGGCUCGAUUCCAUUUGGCUACGGCGUCAGGAGCUGCAUCGGCAGGAGAAUAGCAGAGUUAGAGAUGCAUCUAGCUCUCACAAGGCUCAUUCAAAAGUUCCACAUCAGCACAUCUCCUCUCACCGCUGACGUCAAGUCCAAAACCCACGGCCUGCUCUGCCCCGCUGCCCCUAUCCACCUGCAGUUCAUCGACAGAGAAAACUAGACUCCUCUUCGCAAGGUCUAAUGUACUGGAUGUUUUAUUAAGUACUGAUUCAUUAUUGGAGAUAUUUUAAAUGCACUGCUUUUAGUUACACCUUCCAAUGUUCUAUUUUAGAUACUGAGCUGAGACUGAGGUUUUACUCAGGCAAGAGAUGUGUCUUAUCUAAGGACACAAAUUCUGUAUAAAUAAUGUAAGCUGUACAAACUAUUGUUAUGUAUAUUAUUUGAAUUUAGUGAAAACCACUGCAUUUUUUAAAACUGUUACACCUUCCAUCCAUUUUAUUCAAAGUGAGUGAGAGUGGAAAAAUGGCCUAGUCUGUAUACUCUAACUGUAUCCUCUUUAUAUUAAUGUGCAUGUAUAUUAUAGUGUAUGCACACACAUAAAUAUAUAAUCACACUGUUUCCUCUGAGUUUGAGAAAACUCAGUUCACUGAGAAUAUUGAAGGGCAGCUGUGAAUGUACUCAGUAUGAGCUGUCUUCUACAGAGCUGUACAUAACAAGCUUUAUUCACUGGUUAUGUUGUUUGUGUUGCAAACCAAAAUACUUCAGCAGGUUGCGUUCUUUCUGGCACCACAUUUUUUUUCUUUUUCAUUCAGGCUGAGGAAGAACAUUCAUUCACUGAAGAGGCAUUACAUGAUUUUAAUCCAUGUACUGUAUAUCAUGAAACGCAGUUAACUGAGAAAAUUGUAUUUUUUUUAAAUGUAAACUUAUAUAUUUGUAGGAAAAUGGCCUUUAGCUUUUCAAAGCUAAAAGCCAUAUUAGCUUCUAGCUUUUUAAAGUAGACCCUAAUAUGAUUAUCAUGUGAGUUAGAACUAAUGAAUUAGCCAUUACACACUACAUAAAUCAAAAAAUAAAACCGUUCAACUAAUGAGAUGUGUAUCUGCUUCACACACUAUCUUUGGAUGAGAAAAUGUGUAAAGUGUUUUCCAUUUAUAUGCUGUUUGUGGAAAAGUAUUUUACCAGCAUAUCAGUGACAUUGUUUUUUUUUUUUAAGAGGGAAAAAGUAUGUUACAGAACAGUGCGUAGUAAAGAGAAGAGACAAGUUGUUGGUUUGUGUCAGUUUGAAGGAUCACUCAGAUUUGCAAGAAGGAAAAUGAAAACGCUGUUUUAAAUUCUUGUAUUUAUCUACUCUUUUAUCUCUACAUUUUGUAGAACUGUAGUUCCAGUGAAAUUGGAAAAUGAUUAAAGACAGUUCUGAUUAUUACUUUUAAAAA